AUGGCUUCCACCAACCCAGAGGCGGGCGAUCCUGUCCAUCGGAAGCAUGCUGUACACUUCAAAUGUGCCAACCACGGUCGCGUAGGCGAGGGCGGGAACACACCAUGCACCAAGAUGGCCACGAGCGUCUGCGGUCGCUGUGGGCUCGUCGCCUACUGCGGCGACAAGUGCAAGAAGCAACACGCCCAGCAGCACAAGAAGGACUGCGAAUCUGAGCUGCUCAAAGCAGGCUGGCAACCCGGCUGGGCCAAGGAGGGCCGCCCACCCUCCUUCCUGACCAACGGUGGCCGUCAGUCCCUCGUGCCGCCGUUCGGUUCUCUGAAAAAAUACCUCUGGGGAAAUGUCCCCGCCAUCGAUGUCGUCAAGCUUCAGAGCAAUGAAGGGACUGGCUUUAAGCAGGGCCUGGACAUGCUUUUCGCUGCCUCCGGUGACCUCCGCAACGCUGUCAUGUCCAUCGGCCAGCUGCCUGGAGAGUACAAGCACGCAGUUACGGUGGUACUCAACGAUAUUGACCCUGACGUCGUGGCUCGCAACGCCAUCUUUCUGCUCAUCUUCGCCACCGUCAAGGACAAGGACGUGGCGGCCGAGUGCGUGCUGCACCUAUUCUACUCUGCCUUUGUCACGGAGUCGCAUAUACAGAUUCUCGAGAGCAACAUCCGGCCGCUGGUGCGCGAGGUGUGCGAGAAGACCUCGGCAAAGGCCCCGGGCGCCUUGCUAGCCAAAACCUGGGCCUUUGGCGUCCAGGACGGCACCCAAGUCCGCCUGGUACUCACGAGACGCCAGUGGCUCGUCCUCCUUGCCAGGCUCGAGGCGCCGAGGAACUUCGAGCUGGCCCGGGCCAAGGCAGUCCGUGACAGGGUGGUCGACGCCCCCGGUCGGGUCGACUUCAGAGAGCGCUACAUGUUCUGCCAGAUUCCCAAAUGCCGCAUGGGCUAUGAGAAGUUCAAGUCGGACGGUAUUCUCCUUCCGUUCGGGGCCUCAAGAGCCGACUUCCUCGUCCCAAACCCCACGAUCUUCUAUGUGAAUGGGUGCUGGCCCAUGAACGACAGCGCGAAUCUAUUUGAUAGCUGGUCCCUUCCCGAGGUCCUGCGCUCGCAGAAGAGCCUGGCCAAGAGCGACACGAAUGGGGCGCUCUAUGAAUACGUUCUUGAGCGCUUCUGCCAGUUUCAUGACCAGCUGGCUGUCAGGAGAGUCUCCUUGGAGCUGCACUGUGUCGAUGCUCGUCGUCUGGGGGACUUCGUUGGUGACAGGAAAUUUGACCGUAUCGAUACCUCCAACAUUUCGGACGCGAACUACGUCGGCAUCGAAGACACUCUUCGUGUCCUCGGACCCUUACUCAAGAGCAGCGAGGUCAACAACAAGGCCACCAUCGUGACGAGCUUCCUCAAUGCCGUACCCUUCACUGCCGAAGCGAUGGGGCCCAUGUACCAGAAGAUGGAGAUGGCCAAAGCUAUGCCAAAGCUCAUGCCCUACAUUUUCAACCUUCCAGGGUCCAGCCGCGACCGGGCGCCAGAGUUGACUUUGGACGGGCGCGAUCCCGGGACAUCGAUGUGGAUGGUGGCCAUGGUCAUUAACAAGGCCAGGGACAUGGAUGGCGUCUUCGAAUUCUACAUGAUCAGCCACAGCUUCGACAAAGUUGCGGCCGCGGCCGGCGUCGAGAUGAAGAGAAGCAACACCAUCGUAGAAAAGUGGCCGCUCCGAUUCCCCUUCACCAGCGGCCCUCCCUCGGCCAAGGCGAGAAAGAAGUUCAACUUGCUGCUCUCUUCUGGCCACGUAGGCCAUGAACGCUACGUCGAGUGGAGGGUCGCCCGGAGCCCUGAGGCGUAG